AUCUGCCACAAAUUCACCCCUCUCUCAUCUUUAUCUAUACCAUUCCAGACCCACCGUUGUUGCAAGUGGCGCCCUCAUUAUGAAGCUUUACGCCCUCGGAGAUAUUCACCUCGGCUACGAGUUCAAUAAGACAGCGCUUGGAGAUCUACUGCCGCACCCGGAGGACGGACUUAUACUCUGUGGAGAUGUGGGCGAGAAGCCCGAACAUCUAGAGCUCGCCUUCGGCGUAGCUAAGAAUAUGUUUAAGGAGGUAUUUUGGUGUCCCGGGAAUCAUGAGCUGUACACAAUGCCACCUCGCAAGGAGCCCCGGGGCGAGAAGAAAUACGAGGAGUGUGUCGAGGUAGCUCGUAGAUUCGGCGUCCACACGCCCGAGGACGACUUCUUCCUCUGGGAGGGUGAAGGCGGGCCUGCCAUCAUCGCGCCCAUUUUCACGCUCUACGACUACAGCUUCAGGCCGGCCGAUGUGCCGCGCGAGAGGGCACUCAAGUGGGCCGAGGAGGCCGACAUAGUCGCCACCGACGAGUUCAUCCUACAUCCAGACCCGCACAAAUCGCGGGAUGACUGGUGCAGGGUGUUAGUGCCGAAAGCAGAGAAGAAGCUCGAGGAGGCGGUAGCCCGGCAUCCCGGGGUCCCGCUCAUCAUCGCCAACCACUGGCCGUUGCGCCACGAUCUCGUAUUCCUGCCGAGGAUACCGCGCUUUAGCCUCUGGUGUGGCACUACACUCACCGAAGACUGGCACAAACGUUUCAACGCCAAGGUGGUUGUAUCGGGACAUCUACAUCUCCGUCGUACGGACUGGAAGGACGGUGUCCGUUUCGAGGAGUGCAGCUUAGGCUAUCCAAAACAGUGGGAAGAUGCGCGGAAUGUCUCGGGCAAGAACAUAAACCAUAUGCUGCGUGAGAUCUUGCCUGGGCCGGAGCCACCGGAGUCCGGAAACGCAGAGACGGAAUGGCGGCGGUUUGGUUAAUGAUAAUUCACCUUACUUGGCCUGUUGUUGGUAGAGCUGGAUCUAGUCUUUCUACGAACCCUGAUUUCAUGUUGACUCGGGUGGACCUCAGUGGUCCCCGCUUCACGCAGCGGGUCUAUUUCAUUCUAUUAUAGAUGCAAAGAAUUAUGAAGCAGCAAUAUUAUCUACAUAUGAUGAUGAUGUUGUCAAGAUGAUUUUCGAUUCAACUUUACUUAGAAUUGCAUUUUGUUACCUUUGCUUGAGGUUAAGUGCC